AUGAACGUUCUUAAGCUUCAAAAGCGAUUCCCGCAACUGGACCAGGGAGAGAUUUUCUCCCUCCAGGAUGCGUUUCGUCGGUUAGAUGUCGAAGAUCGUGGCUACCUUGAUGAAGCCUCCGUCAUCAAGGCCGCUCAGCAAUCCGAGCGACAGCCUUACGACGUCGUGCGCCAGACCUUGAAGGGCGUGGAGCUGGACAGCUCCCGCCGCGUUGAGCUUGAGGAUUACGUGGAUCUCAUCUCGCGACUCCGUUCAGGAUCGACCCCGGCCGCCGCGAGCCCCGCGGCUGUCAUCCAGGCAGCUGGAGCCGGUGCCGGCGCCGGUGCAGGCGGCGCUCGUCACGUCUCCAAGGGCAGUGUUGGAGGCGGCCGUAUCCACGUGCAAGGUUCUUCUGCGAAUGUGACCCACACGAUCAACGAGGAUGAGCGAACCGAGUUCACACGGCAUAUCAAUGCGGUGCUGGCCGGUGACCCGGAUAUUGGCGACAAGCUGCCCUUCCCCACUGACACCUUUGAGAUGUUUGACGAGUGCAAGGACGGUCUGGUGUUGGCCAAAUUGAUUAACGACAGUGUGCCCGAUACAAUUGAUGAACGUGUACUAAACAAGCCCGGAAAGAAGAUCAAGACACUGAAUGCCUUCCACAUGACGGAGAACAAUAACAUUGUGAUCAACUCGGCUAAGGGUAUCGGCUGCUCUGUCGUCAACAUUGGCAGUGGUGAUAUUAUUGAGGUGCGCGAGCACUUGAUCCUGGGUCUGAUCUGGCAGGUCAUUCGUCGUGGUCUAUUGGGCAAAAUUGAUAUCAAGCUUCACCCCGAGCUAUACCGCCUGUUGGAAGAGGAUGAGACCCUGGAGCAGUUCCUGCGUCUGCCCCCAGAGCAGAUUUUGCUGCGUUGGUUCAACUAUCAUCUGAAGAAUGCCAAGUGGGACCGCCGAGUGAACAACUUCUCAACCGAUGUCAAAGAUGGUGAGAACUAUACUGUUCUGCUAAACCAAUUGGCCCCCGACCUUUGCUCCCGCAGUCCUCUCCAGACCAAUGACCUCCUGCAGCGCGCCGAGCAGGUACUCACCAACGCGGAGAAGCUGGACUGCCGCAAGUUCUUGACUCCCACUUCCCUUGUUGCCGGAAACCCUAAGCUGAACCUUGCCUUUGUUGCCAACCUCUUCAACACCCACCCUGGCUUGGACCCGAUUACCGAGGAGGAGAAGCUCGAGGUGGAAGACUUUGAUGCGGAGGGUGAGCGCGAGGCCCGUGUCUUUACCCUGUGGCUGAACUCACUGGACGUGCAACCGGCGGUGAAUUCGCUCUUUGACGAUCUGCGCGAUGGUACCAUUCUGCUGCAGGCUUACGAUAAGGUGAUCCCGGGCAGUGUCAACUGGAGACACGUCAACAAGCGGCCUGCCUCUGGUGGUGAAAUGAUGCGCUUCAAGGCUGUGGAAAAUACCAAUUACUCCAUUGAGCUCGGCAAGCACCAUGGAUUCUCCUUGGUGGGAGUACAGGGGGCCGAUAUCACUGACGGCCAGCGCACACUCACGUUGGGUCUGGUCUGGCAACUGAUGCGUCGGGAUAUCACGCGUACCCUGUCUGCGCUCGCCGAGCGUCUGGGCAAGCGCGAGAUUACCGAUGCGGAGAUGAUUCGCUGGGCCAACGACAUGUCCAAGAGUGGUGGUCAAAACAGCGCGAUCCGCAGCUUCAAGGAUCCCUCGAUCGGCACCGGUCGUUUCCUGCUGGAUGUGUUGAACGGUAUGAAGAGCAGCUACGUCGACUACGACCUGGUGACCCCCGGUCGCACCGACGAGGAGGCCUACGCCAAUGCCAAGUUGAGUAUCAGUAUUGCGCGCAAGAUGGGUGCUACCAUCUGGUUGGUUCCCGAGGAUAUCUGCCAAGUGCGUUCUCGCCUGGUGACGACGUUCAUUGGCUCCCUUAUGGCCACGCACGAGAAGAUGUGA